UCUCGGAGUAGACCUACAGAAAUGUGCACAGAAUAUCCAGAGAAAUAUCUGCGAAUCUCUAAUAAAGCUGUGAUCCUGGUGGAAUUAUUCUUUUUGUGCUUCGAGGAAACCCUUAACCAAUGAAAUUAAAACUAGGUUAUUCAAGGUCUCCUGAGGACACAGCACGCUUACCGGUGGUGCUUUGAUAAUACGCAAACAUUAUACCAUGGCAAAUAAGAAUUUCGUCGAAGAUGAGAUAUCGAACCACGGGUUACGGUACAAGGAUAAGGUGGUACUAGUGACUGGUGGAGCAAGAGGUAUCGGAAGGGGGUGUGUCGAGGUGUUUGUGAAAAAUGGGGCAAAAGUAGCAUUUUGUGAUAUUUUAGAGCGUGAGGGGAAGGUUUUCGAAGAAGAACAGAGACUUGUUGGAGAGGCGAUGUUCAUUCCUUGCGACGUCACUAACGAGGAACAGAUAAAGAUGGUUGUGAAGAAAACAACUGAAAGCUUUGGGCGUCUAGACUGUCUAAUCAAUAACGCUGGGUCACACCCAGAUAUAAAAAUGAUAGAUGAUUUUACUGCAGAGGAUUUUAGACAACUGCUCAACAUUAACCUCGUCAGCUAUUUUCUUUUUUGUAAGCACGCUUUACCCCACCUACGGUCUAGCCAUGGUAGCAUUGUAAAUGUAUCCAGCAUGGUGGGACAAUAUGGAGCAUCUGGCUCGGUGACGUACGGUGCAACGAAGGGUGCCAUAUUAGCAAUGACUAAGUCCUUGGCGGUGGAUGAAGCCGUUCACGGUGUUAGAGUAAACAGCAUAUCACCAAGCACCAUAAAAACCCCCAUGCUCGAUUUUUUUCUGAAUCAAUCCGAAAAUCCUCAAGACGCCACCAAGGCAGCAGCAGAUUUACAGACACUUGGGCGUAUGGGCACGCCCGAAGAAUGUGGGGAGGCAUGUCUUUUUCUUGCAGCGGAAGGUUCAUUUUGCACUGGCGUAGAUAUACUCUUGAGUGGUGGUGCAGAACUGGGAUAUGGGCAUAAAUCGCAAACUGGGAAUGUCGGAAAGGGGUAUUUUGCCUAAACAGCAACACAAAUUUCAUUAUUUUUAUGGUGAAGGUGAAUAUUAUGUAAUUCUACGAUUACGUAGUAACACUGUAACUUAGUCAAGCAUAUCCCUAUGAAAAUCCAUAGAGUCAAUGACAACACGCAGGUGACAGAGUUAAAUUUUAAAUGAAUGGAGUUAAACCUUUCAUGUACGUUUUGAAUUUCAAUUCAUUUCAAAAAUGUAAUUAGGCCUACCGGUAGAUACCCUGCGUUUACUAUAUAUUGUUGCCAUUUUUUUUACUCCAGUUCAUGUAUGGAAAUGGGGACGGAUUUCCCUAUUGAGACUAGUGCAAUGGGAGUAGUAGGUAAUUACGCCUUGGAGGUUAUGUUUACGUUUUUCUGUUAGUAACAUUAUGUAAACAGUUAUGAACGGGUCAAGAAGAAUGUUUUAGGAUAGGUCAGACUUUGGCUAACUUAGAAUCGAUUAGAUAUGGUGAUGAACCAUUACUUAAAGGGAUAAUAACUCUUCGUAUGAGAUUUAUAUUUCACAAUAAAAACAUUGUGAACAACUCAUAGA